AUGAGUGAAACUUCAAACACAUCAAAUGCAGUGUCUUUGACAUCCACAGCGUGGGAGUCACUUCUCAAUGCCAAGACCAAGGGUCAACUACCCGAGCCAUGGAUCGUCGCGGCACUCCUCGUGGCGAUAACCUGCGCGUCGUACUCAGCCCACCAUCUCACUCAGCGGGGCGGUCGCAAGCUAUCUGGAGGCGUCAACCUCAGCACGGGGUGGUGGUUCAAAGAACGGCUACGGUGGCUCUUCAAUUCCUACGACGUGCUCGCGUCGGGGUAUGACCACCUGAAAAACAAAGGCGCCCCAUACAUCCAACUCACGAUCGAGGACGGCACACAAAACGUCGUGUUCAACCACCGCUACAUCAAACAACUCGCCGCCCUGCCGGACGACCACCUGAGCUUCGACGAGGCCGCCAAGAGCCUCACCGCCGGGAAGUACACCAAGAUCGCCAACGUGCCCCAGGGCAUCGGCCAAGAUGCCGUCCGUGGGGAGCUGACUGCCAACCUGCCCCGUGUCGUGGGAUACAUGGCUGCCGAGGUGGAUGACGCGCUGCGGAAGGUGCUCCCGCAGACGGCAGAGUGGGAGCUGCGGACCGUGGCCGAGGUCGCGAUGGAGCCCGUCGCGCAGGCAUCCGCGCGUGUCUUUGUGGGGCCGAAGCUGUGCCGAGACGAGGCCUGGAUGCGCAUCAUGAGGAACUUCACGCACAUGGCGGCGGGUAGCCUGCAGGCCGUCAAGAUGUGGCCUGCUUUCCUGCACCCCUGGGUUGCCCCGUUCUUGCCCGCGCUCAAGACUGUGGAGCGGACCUGGGCUGAGGGCAGGAGGGUCCUCCGGGAGGCCGCCGAGGCCGAGGCAUCUGGCGAGACCAAGGGCGACUAUAUCAAGGAGUGGGUGGCGCAGAGACAUCCCGAGUGGGCGGCAGAUCUUGACCAGCAGGUUGACUUCACGUUCACCCUGUCCAUGGCCGCGCUGCACACGUCCGAGAUGACGACGACGCACAUGCUCCUAGACCUCGCUGCGCACCCCGAGUUUGUCGAGGAGCUGCGUGCUGAGAUGGUCGACGCUUUGGCACAGACGGGUGGGGAGAUGAAUAAUGGUUAUAUCCACAAGCUUGAGAAGCUCGACAGCUUCAUGUGCGAGUCUAAGCGGCUGAACCCGCUGACUUUAUACUCAUUCCAACGCCUGGCAAUGCGCGACUUUGGGCUCGACGACGGAACAUUUGUGCCGCGCGGCACGUUCCUUGCGCUCGAUGCCUCGCAGGGCUAUUUGGAUGGGGAGCAGUGGGAACACCCAGAGGUCUUUGAUCCUUUGCGAUUCUACCGACUAAGACACGCGGAAGCAGCGCAGAAUUCGCACCUGUUCGUGACGUCUAACCCGCAGCACAUGUCUUGGGGUCAAGGCAAGCAUGCUUGUCCGGGACGCUUUUUUGCCGGCCAUAUGAUCAAGGUGAUACUCAGCCAGUUCUUGCUGCAAUACGAUGUAGCGCUGGAGGAGGGAAAGCCGAGGCCGAAGAAUGUCGUCUUUGGAGCGGCUCCGCUCGCGGCGCCGGGGGCGCAGGUCCGGUUCAGGAAGAGGAUAGUUUGA